AUGGACUAUCGGCACUCCGGUGGUGCUGGUAGUGAUUGUAAUGGGUUAUUUGCUUCAGCAUCAUCAACGAUGGCGCUGCAUAUGUACAGAGGUACCGGCUUUGGCGGCGAGGUUGCGCCGAACCUGUCAGCAAUCUCGGAUACAGUUGGUAUCCUAGGAGUGCGUGCUGUAGGUGCAAUACGCGGAGGAGAAGACGUCACCAGUGCCGGUGGCUUCGCCUCUUCUUCACUACGCGUACGCUUCAAGGUCGAAGCGUCCGGAACGUCAUCACGAGCACGUCAUGAUCCAGUAAGUGGAUAG